AUGGUGGAUGUUAAAGCGGAAUACCUUGGGCUGUCGGCGCAAGGAUGGCGGGAGAUGUUGAAGAAUUGGUGGGACUUGGCAUUGGCUUAUAUGUUGGUUGCUUCUCUUGCCCUUGGGUCGAGCUUUAUUGCGCUUCUGCUUUACCAAAAAAUCAGACUGUACUGGCAGAAAAGACACGAAGUAACAGAGUUACCGAAAUCCAUUGAACGGUACCUGAAAGAUCUUCGAAAAACCACCAUCCCUCUCUGCCCUGAAAGGGAGUAUCCUACAGAUUCGAAAUCGUUUGGUGCCUUUAUGGGCAAGAUCGAUACCCCGCCGACCGCUGCUCAAUGCAUUAUCCUUUCGCAAUGGGACAUUGUUGUCCUAGACCCUUUUCAAGCGGGCGUACUCGACGCUUUGGCAACAAAUCGGUGCAGUUCGAAGCAUGUUCUUGGGCGAGUGGAUGUCGCCUUGCUGGCGGCGGCUGAUGGGAGUGUCGUAGCAAGUAAGAAGGCAUUGCGAUCUCUUAAUACUGUCACCCGAGCAGUGGUCCAAUCUUUUAAGCGUACGCAAGACAUGUAUACGCCUUUUACGGGCAUAUUGAUGGCGAAUUGGGAAGAAUAUUUCCCACCGGUAGUGUGCAACGAGCUUAUCCGAUAUUUUGGUACUAUUGGCCUCGACGUAUAUCUGGAAGUCUCCCCACCCAGCUACUUGAGCGAAGACGUCGCUCGCGCUAUCAACAUGGAGCCUAUUCGGGGAAUCGUCUGCCGCAAUGGCUCUAUCUUUCCCAAUGGCGAGAGACGGAACUACUUCCAAAUGGCUGAGAUGCGACACAGUCUGCGGGCUUUGGCAGCCAAGUCAGCGAUGGUCACCUCGACUGUCAUAAUGUGGGAUACAAUUGAUGAUGCUGUAAAGCUGGAGCAUGCUGUGGUGAAGCGCAGUUUCACUUGGUGUAACUUUAGCAGCGCACUCAGCUGGAUUGGCCCCAAAAGCGCCCUAGUCGAUGCUGACGUUGCCAUCGAAAAAACAAUCAGUGGUGAACCAUUAGGUGCGAUGAUGUGGUUGAAAGAGGACGCUACAAUCAAGGCGCACGAAAUCUGGAGGACCAAUGACCGAAUUACAGAAACACAAUCCGGUGAUCAUGAAAUUUAUAGCGUUCUAAAUGACUUCAUCCCCGACUUAGCUUCAAAAGUCGCCUUGGGCCCUACCCGGCCAAACCAAGCUACCAGCCGAGCUAGUACGGCGGAUGGCACAGAUAUCGAGCGACCGUGGAGCAUCCACCCAGCGCCAACAAAUCUGCCCCAGUUCUCGUCCCACGGUCUCGACAUUACCGAACUAGGGUGCUUUCAACUUGGCCUCCACUGUUCAUCAGACGACUACACGAACCUCGUUGGGCAGCAAAAUCGCCUGAAAGACCUGGGGCUUUUAGAAUGCCUACAGUCAGAGGAGCUUCAUGCUUUUGGGGAGGCCUUGCGCGGUUUAUGCGAAACCGAAAAGUUAUGGGCAAGCACUCCAGUAGAAUCACUUGCCGUAAAGGAGUUGCUGGCGCUGCUUGCCGCUACCAACGGGGGCGAGGAUGAUGGAAUAAAGAUCUACGUUGGGCUGGAUUCUGGAUUCAAAACGACAGGAACCGCUCGAUUCUGUCAGUUUUGGGGUCUCUACGAUUACGAUAUCAGUACAGGAGUGAUCAACAUCUACAUAUCUGGCAAAACAAAGGACCGAGCUGGCUCUAUCCUCCACACGUUCAUGUCUAGUCGAGAAUGUUCUCGCGCUCAGUGCUUUAUGGCUGAAAUUGCUCUUGCGGAAUAUUCUAAUUGUCUAGUAGGAGACUGGAUGCUUUCAGCUCGUCUGCAGAGAGACAUUGAACUACUCACCCCAACCGAGGCGAUUCUGUUUAUGCAAAGGCUUGCUGUUUCAGACGUUCAGGAAUUCCCACUCCUCGCGGCCCGGAUUAGAGCAUGUUGCGAGUAUCAGCUUCUUGAAGUUCCCUCUAUUCAACAGUUGAGGUCUUUGAAUGCAACUACCUAUCUCGAAGGUAAAAUUACGGCCGAAAAACUUGUCUUGUCCCGUUUGAAUUGGUAUACCGAGAAUGGCGUUUAUCGGCCUAACACCGCCGCUGCUGUGUCUCUGUUCAACGAAAUCGAAAUUCGCGUCUCCCAGAUUUUAAUGGGUCGUGAAAGCGAGAUUAUUGCUCGCCUGGAACUUGUUUUGCAGACAAUUCUUAAACAGAAGGAAAUCGACGCCAGUGCGGACCUCUUUUGUCUGUCAGUUUUCUGCGCCUUCCGCAAGUUAGCGAUCAACGAAGUCUACAUGGAAAUCAACGAUCGAAACCCUCUCCCUAAUCCUCAGUCGGACCAAUCAGCAUGUUUCGCGGAAAUGUUUGCAUUGGGAUCUGGGUGCGAGCAGUAUUUUGAUAUGACUCCGACAGCAUUGGGAAAGAUCCUCACAGAGAUGUCUCAGAGUUAUUAUAAAAAGAAUCAGCCGCCAAAAAGAGACGACUCCAUUACUGAGCUACCAACUGCCUACUCGUCCAAAUUGAUAGAUUUGGACUCAGAUGCGGGCGAGAGAAAGGUUCCAUUCUACUAUCAUGCUACCUUCCUCGGCAUUUUUGCAAUUCCUGCUUUUAUCGAUAUUCUUUUACUUACCACUACGGGCCGCGGCUUAUAUCUCACAACAUAUAUGGCCGAAACGGAGAAAACGAUGGCCACGACGGCCCUCAUGAUCUCUCUGUUUUUGUGCGGUGCCACAGGUACCUGGGUCAGCUCCGGGGGCAGCUAUUAUCUUUAUUCCAUGACCUUUUCCGCCAUGAACAUGUUUGUACUUACGCGGUUCAUUGCUGGCUGGUGUAUAUGCCUCACAGGUGGUACACUCGCCUUGGUGAUAAUAGGUGUUACGAAGGGAUUUUACGCCGGCUUUAUCUUCAUGAUCUACUUUUUCAUUCUUACCACUUAUCUAACUCUUUUAGCUACUCUUGCGAUAUAUCAAUUUCCAGGAUUUAAUUUUCAAUCGGGACGGCUCAUCAUCAUGAGUCGAAUUCCUAUCCUAUUUAUUUCGCCUAUCUUGACACUUUUCAUCCACAAACACGACUUAAUCGUUUACCUAGUCACUCUUACGAUCUUCGUCAUCUCACUUCUUCUCGGUGCCCGUACCGUGAUGUCUCAGUGGAGCACUUGGUAUCUGAAUAUUCCGUGCAUUACGGAUGUGGAUGUGGCGAAUUGGUACCAGAAAACAUACGGACUUGACAACUCAACAUCUGAAAAGCUCAGCACAGGCAUAGACAUUUCUACCACGCCUAUCCCGCGACAAGCUCUCCUUCGCGAGGUCCUCAAAGAGAAAAACCGACGUCCAUGGCAGAAGGCAACUGCUGACAAGCAGGUUCAGGAAUUGGCUCAAGGUUAUGAGGCGACCAUAUUCAUGAUGGAUUGGUACUGCAAGUACUCAAGAGCUAAGAUGACCUACGCUUAUAGUCCAACCUGGAAUCUUCAAUGUAAAGCUGCGGUCUGCACUUUACAGGACAUGCAGAAGGGUGUCAAGCUUCACAACGCCUUCGUUCAUUGGCGCAACGCUGGUGACGAACUUUGGGGUGGUGUUCUCUAUUUCGUCAUCGCCUUGCUUGACAAAUGGGUUGCGUUACUCUCUGGCGGUUCCAUCGUUGGUCUGUCUGAUGCAAGUAGCGAAAAAUUCCGUCUUGCAGUUGGAUUCGGUCUCGCUUAUUAUCUUAUCGGCGCAGUCUCCCUGGAUGGGGUGUCGCAGCCUUUAUGGCAGCUUGCACAAAAGAAUCUCGACCAAGGCAUUACAUCAUUGGAGUUUCUUAGACAAGCUGCAAUCAAUGAUGCCUCUGCAAAGAGAGUACUCUAUUGGAAGUAUUUCCUCCGGUUUUUCUUCAUGCAUGUAUGGGGCUUGGCUUUCAGUUCAGCUCUCAUGUGGACCUUUGACAAUUCCAGAGAUGGGACCAUCAUGUACAUGGCCUAUGUUGGUGCGUAUAUGGGUUUGCUCUGGUACCAGUACAACAGAAUAUUUACCGGACCGCUUGCAUUCAAAGAACCGCUUGUUGCAGUGGCUGUCGGGCUCACGGUUGGUCUCGUGCUCCAUAGCACCCAGCCUCGGUUUUCGUUCAACAGUGUUAUAUCUCUCGCUGUUGCCACGUGGACGGCUGCUCUUUUUUCGGCCUGGACAGCUCAUUUAGGUGGUCCACAACCAAAAUUACUUGACACCGGUUUCCAAAGCGGGAGUGCGAUUCACGCUAGCACCACAUUAGGUCAUGGCCACCAAUCUUCACCGAAUGCAUUAAAGGAAACUGUAGAAUCGAUAUGUGCUCUACCAGAAGAACUGCGAUAUAGACUUGAUCCCUUUACCCAUCCAGGAGUAGAAGUAAUACGGAUAUUGACUUCUGGUGACGGUGCAUAUCAUUCCACGCUUGUCCAAACUGCUUUCCCGGAUGCUGCUAGCCUCCUUAGAAAAACAGCAGAGUUCUGGAUAAAGGGCGAUACGGUUGUUGACCUUGUCCCAAUGAGACAUCUGCUACAAGCAGAGCAAAAGAUCAGAUCCAUCACAAGCAUGGAUGGUAACCGACUACAUGUGUUCGUCUUCCUCGGUCUAGACCUUGUUGGAGAUGAAUGGGUUAUGGACAUUCGUCGUAAUUGCAAAGUCGUUGCAGAAGCCAUCAUUCAGGCCACAUGCGAAUUCAGAUUUGGCCUCUCCCAUGAGCACUCAAUCCUUGCUGAAGUCCUAGCCGUUAGCUCGCAAAGCGACAGUGGACUAUCACUGCCUGAAGGGGUCAAACGCCAACUCCAAAACUCUGCGUCUGAACGACAUCAAGUCAUCAAGAGUGGAGACAAGACCCUACUUAGCUAUCUCCUUCUCGGCUUGGACUGCGACAUUGAUUGGGACCUUCUGCCUAAGAACAUCAGAUCAUUUCUUCUGAAAAGAGCAUGUGGCGAGCCUUGUCAUGUAUCUGACAGUCAGCUUGAGUGGAUCAGCUCAAGGUUCUGUGACAUGAAUAGCGCGGACAUCGAGGGAUAUAUUGCUCGAUGUAAUCUUGGAGCGACUCUGACUGUCUUGAUAAACUCGUUUGCAGGAGCCCUCGAGACUGACUAUACCCACCGCGAUCUACCUGAGCCACUUGAUUCCAGUUACGAGCACUGCAUCGAAACUCAACUUUCACCAUCCACACUUGACGAACAAACAAAGAUCGUUGACAUUUUGAAACGGCCAUUUUCGCGGUUCCGCCAUGCUUUCAAACACUUUGUGAAGUUUUUCAGCGUUGCUCUCGUUGCCGAUCCAGAGAUGCAACGAGAGCUAAGGUACACCCUAAGAGAUGUUCCUUGGAUUGUCAGUGGGCCUGUAACAUUUGCCUUAAGCGCAGUAUGGAUUUAUACGAAAUCGCUUCAACGCAUCAUCAUACCUCUGGUAAUCUUUCACGGCCGCGUGGGGAUCUCUAGGACCCACCGCAACAUGAAAGGCAUGACUACCACAAUUCGGAAAAAUCAUAUUGCUGUGGAGAGUCUCAGCGGUCCUUCGACAUGCUUUGUGACUUCAAAUGCUGAUAAAACCUUUACCCUUCACCAAUAUGCAGGACAUCACAGUAAGAAUCCAACCGGGCUUUAUCAGCUGAUGGCUAUCAACACAUACUCUGAAAAGCUGGUCCUCAUUCAAAGAGAGGAGUAUGCAAAGGAAGCCCUUGUCAGCAGAUUUGCUUAUGAGUAUCCAAGCGAUAGAAAUGGACGAAUUAGUCGCCUUGGGGGCUCAAAGCAGCCAAUAGAACGUCAAUGUACUGCCGGUUUACUAACUGGACAGUUGGUUUUUUACGAUGAGAGGGGAUAUAUCGCUUCCGGAUCUUUCAUGAAAGACGACAAUCUGGUCCAGUUCAAGUUCGAAUAUCGCAAGAAUGCCAAAUUCGAUGAUGAAUUGCUUCGCGCGGAAUACAUCCUUCCUCAUAUUGCUAUUCAGGUUGUAUGGAGUGCCCCACCAGCGAACCAGUCCGUGAAAAAACUGGACAAAUGGAUCCCCCACACUAAGGUUACCGAAGCAGUUUAUACCCAGGGUACACAAGUAUACACAUGCAAGUGGCACUACGAGCACAAAUUUCAUCCCAUCAUCAACACCACUCUUAACGGACAAGAAGUCGCCACUCCUGCGAUGGUUCUACAUGAUUGGUUUGGUGUUCUCAAAAAGCCUCAGAGCACAAGUUUUGUCAAUGAGAAUCCGCUGCACUCGUUCAGAUCAGUCAAAACUAAUAUUUUAACGCGCUUUCUCGGUUUCAAUACAAGGUGGCAUCCAAUCUCGACAUCUCGGGCUAGAACACAUUUGUGGAAGUCAUGGAAAGAAGGGAAGGAGCUUGAUGCAUGUACCGCAAGGUGGUUGGAUGAGUGGUCAUUGAGGAAGGACAAAGAUUUGAAGCCCUACUGGAACGCUAGGGAUAUGAGUCGUCUCGACGCUGGUGAGAAUUACCUGAACUCGAGAGCCGACACAAUCAUGGCAAGGGUUGAUAUAGACCCCGAAAUCAGUUCGUGGACGCCACUUGCUUUCAAGAUCAGCGAUCUUGUAAGCUUUGGUACUGGGGGUGAUGCGAGAAUCAACACCAGAACUCAAGAAGCUCAAAUGCAGGACACCGACACCGAACUUCAUAUCCUUGCCAUGGAUACUGGAACUUGGCCCAAUGAAGGUGGCGGUGUUUCCGCUUGCCGUAGGGAUAUGGUGAACAAUUUGGAUUCUAUAAGGUGGCACAUCCUCGCCGAGAACGCUAAUGAUUUCGGCGUCCCGAAGUUCCAGAUCGAGAAGAACGUUCAAUCUCUAACCGUCUUACCUUUAUGGGGAAUGGACUUUCUCACACCUACUCAUGGUAUUUUCCAAAAUUGCCUUGAUUCAUCAAUCCAACACAAGAUUCAUAAUCUUCGUGACGACGACAUCAAGAAGAGAUUUCUUCCUAUUCUCAGGACUUUAGUUCGCGGAUCGAGAGCAAUCAACAUCGAUCGUCAGUUAAUCGAAGAUUCUACGAAGGCUCUGGUAGAUCUCAAUACUUAUUUUGAAAGUUCACGCCACUGGGGUGAAGUUUGGAAGAGUGAUAUUGUCCGGCAAGCAUGGAGAGAACUUUGGUUGACAGAGGAUAUGCCAAACUGCAGGCCUAUCUCGCAAUGGCUAGAUGCGGAAAUCCCUACCCUGUUACACCUGGAUAAUGCGUUAGACAUGUGGCACCGAUACUUGUUUAUCUUCUCAAUCCCAGUCCCUGAGAAGAUCCCAGAUGUGUUCCAAGCGUCACACCAUUUUGCAGGCGCAUCAUAUGGAAUAGUAUGCAAGGUCAAACGCAACUGUACAUUCCAUGUUUGGGAUCAUUGUAUCAGCUGGCGGGAGGUCACUGUGUUCUUGUCCUCUUCCAUGUCAUUCGACUCGCCAUUUGUUUGUAACUCACUCAUAUCUCUUUCUAGACUUGCGUCGACACUUAUUCUACACCACGCGGAUGUUGUGCUUCCCUGCGCUGAUUUCUUCAAUCCCGGCUGGGAGGUAGAGAUUGGUACUCAAGAGAACACCAUCGAGCAUCGCAAGUCGUUUGCUCGAAAGAUAGACCCUGUUGUCAAUGGUAUCUGUAACAUGGAGAGUUUCCAACCCAUCGAGAAGAUCAAGUCCAAAGUUCCUACGGUGGUCAUGUUGUCUCACGUCCGAUUUGUCAAAGACAUCAAGACAGCUAUCCUCGCAGCUGAUAUGAUUGUCAAUAUCUGGGGUUUUACAGAUUAUCAGUUACAUAUCUAUGGAGAUAUGGAAAAGGCACCCGCUUACUCUGUCGAAUGUCAAGAAAUUAUCGCAGCCAAAUCUCUCCGAGACAAUGUUGUUCUAAAAGGACUUGGAUCUCCAUCCAAGGUUCUCGAAGACGCCUGGCUGUUUCUUAACUCAUCGGUCUCUGAAGGUCUUCCGCUUGCAAUGGGUGAAGCGGCCCUCACCGGUGUUCCAGUAGUCUGCACAGAUGUUGGUGCGUCCUUUCGUGUAGUCACAGACCCGGUGACGUGGGACCGGUUUUCUGCCGUUGUGGCACCGAACGACGCUGUGUCUCUUGCCCGCGCACAAGUGAAUGUUCUUGCACUAUUGGAUGAGUGGUCUAAAUACGCCGACGACCCCCCAGACUUCAAUCCAAAGCUUUCUCUCACCCCAACAGCAGAAGAGGUCGCAAUCAUACAAAAGCGUAUUAUAUAA